AACAGUUUGCCAGUAAAACUCAAAGUGUUCACAACGCUCACACGGAGUAUACAAAACGUGCACAUACUGAUAAUAUUUUUAAAAAACGAAAAAUUAACGUGUAUCUAACAAAUGUAUUUAAAAACUAAUAGAUACUAAUGCGAUAGAGAGAUUCUUAGUAGUAAUUCGAAUGCGUGCGUAUUUAAAUUUGUUUUUUGUCUUUAGAGGGAAAAUGUAUAUUUUAUGACUUGUACUGAAAAAAAACGAAGACGACUACCUGCAAAAAGAGAUCAUUUUCAAUCAAAUGAUAUGCUUGAGGGAUUUAAAGAAUAUCAAAAGUGUGUGUAAUAUAGAAUAGUUUUCGGAUUUUACUAAAAAAUUUAAGAAGAAAGAGAAAAAAAUCAAAGUAAACCAAAAUAAUGACGAUGAUAAAGAUGAUGUAUACAAUAAAAAGUCUUUGAUGUAUUUUUACUUGUUCCGUUGGAAUGGUUGGAAAAAAUAUACAAAAAUAAAUAAAACGAGAAAAAAAUUGUAUUUUAGUGGUAGAAAAAAAAAUUACAAAUAAAGAAAUAAUAACAACACGCAGAGUUCAAAGUGAAAUUCGAUUGUUUAUCUAUGAAAUUAAACAACUUAAAUAAGAAAAUAAAAAGAAAAGAUCGAAAAAUCUUUUAACAGCAACGGGGUUAAUGUGUUUACUUUAAAUUAACAAAAAAAACAACAACAAUAACGGCAAGAUCGAAAAGAAAUAUUGUUGUUUGAAGAAGAAAAAAAUAAAAAGAAAAUUUAAGUUAAUGAUAUUGAAGAUGAUCUUCAAAGUGAAAUUUUUAUAAAAAUAAAUAAUAAAAAAGAAAAUUAUAAAUUUGAAAAGAAACCAGAAUUUUGCAUUAAACAGCUGUUUAUGGUUAUUUGUGUAGCCAAAUAAAUAGACCUUUAAAAACAGCUGUUUUUGGCUAAUAACAGAAAUAAACAUCAUGUUUUCUGUAAAAGCUUUAAUGGCGUUCUUGGCGGCUUUAAGCUUUAUAAGUUUAAGCCAAGGAUUAAUAGCAGCCUCUUCAGCUGGUACGCUCAACUCACAAACAACAAAUGGAUUACAAUGUCAGCUGAUUAGCGUUACAGCCUGCCAGGGUUUGGGUUAUAAUAUGACCGCUUUACCCAACUUAGCCGGACAUACCAAUCAAUUGGAAGCUGAACUUAGGAUCACCAAACUAUUACCACUCAUCGAGUCGCACUGUUCUAAUCGCAUAAGAUUUCUACUCUGUUCGGCUCUCUUUCCUCUCUGUACACCCGAUGUGCCAAGGCCAGUAACAGCUUGCACCUCGUUGUGUGAUCAUGUGAAACGAGAAUGUUCCUCUCACACGGAUUUAAUGCAAUUAUGGCCAGAGUUUCUGAAAUGUGAAAAUCUACCCAGUCCCGAGAGACAAGAAUUAUGCAUGCAAAUUCCUACAUUAACAGAAACCGCUAAAUUAUCGGCUGAAAUUGGUAAAACCGAAAUGCCUGUUAAACAAGAUCAACCGCAGCCACCAAGACAAUUACAAAUACCACAACAAGUGCAACAGGUUCAGGCUGGUGGUAGUGCGGGUCACCAUUUCUAUUGGCCUUGGUUGAAUCCCCAUAUUAGCAAAGCCAUUAAACCCACUGCUAUAUGUCCGCUCAACUUUACCGUUAAUCCUUUAAAUAAUGAUGAAUGUGUUCCACAAUGUAAUCGUGAUGGUUUUCAUUCCACUCAACAGAAGAAAGUGGCCGAGAGUUUGAUAUUGGGCUUGUCGGCGGUAUGCUUUGUUUUGACUCUCUUCUCUUUGGUGACUUUUUGGGCAGAACCCACACGUUUCGGUUAUCCGGAGAGACCAGUUUUGUUUCUGUGCUUGUGCUAUAACUUGUUUUCCGUCUGCUAUUUGGAGCGUAUAGUAUUCCAUAAUUCCUCCAGAGCAUUUGCUGUCCAUGAAGAUCCUUUGGGUAAAACCCAAUUGUUACCCUGUUCGCUAACACCACCCUGUUUGGCUUCCUACAUUACUACCAGCUAUUUAAGUUUAUGUGCUGCCACCUGGUGGCUGAUUUUUGCUUUGUGCUUUUAUUUAUCCUCACACAAGAAAUGGUCCUCGGAGGCUUUGGAAAAGAAGUCCGGUUUGUUUCAUGUUUUAGCCUGGGUGCCACCACUAGCUCCUCCUAUAGCCGCUUUACUAUUGGAAAAAGUUAAACCCAAUGAAUUGACCGGCAUGUGCUCAGCUCCUGGUUUUGUGGAAAUACCCGCCAUAGUUCUAUUACUUUUGGGUCUGUUCUUUACCCUCAGAGCCUCCAGAUCGCUACAUGCCCUACAACAACAAAUGCUGCCCACUUUUGGACAUCAGAGAUUCUCACAAAUACGCAAGAGAUUUUUAAUUUUCUCUCUGGUCUUCUUUGUGCCCACUUUAGCGGGAGUGGUGGCGAUAUUUUUCGAGCCUCAUGCUGAAAUGGUGCCUACAUGUUCGACUCGUGAGGAUUGUGCUUCACCUAAUCAAAUGCCUGCUUGGCCUACUUUAAUCAGAUUAUUCUUUCAAUUGGCCGGUGGUACUCUAACCGGUAUGUGGGUGUGGUCUCGCAAAACCUGCGAGUCCUACAGAAGUCGUUUGGUGCCCACACCCACUUCCUCCAUGACAAAUACCACCACCAAAUCAGCCAAUUCAUUGCCUAAGAAACAUUUACAUGCAUCGGGUAAAUCAACAAUUGGCGCUCCUCUCUACAGUGGCAUCAAUUUUCACAAUGUGCCCGUUUAUACUACAACAGUAGUGGCGCCACCACAACCUCGGGUGUAGCCCAUUAGUAUUCAUAAGACUACUACAACUCAUUUAAGGGCGGGUGUAUAUAAAAUUGGGGAUUUCUAAUCUAGAUAAAAUUAAGCUAAUAAUUUCAACGAAAUUAAUUAAAAAUCUAUUAAAAUAAUUGUACAUUUUUUCUCUCUCUCUAAUUUAUUUUAUAAUUAAUCAUUAAGACUCGAAUGUUGUUUUUUUUUUUAAUAAAAAAAUUAUUUUCAUUUAUUAAUUUAUGUUUCCAUGUGAGACAAACUUUGCCCAGUUAUUAAUUUUUAGUUUUUUUCAAAAAUCAUUUGUGAAAAAAUUUAAAUAGUAAUUUGCUUUAAGGGCAAAUUUCUUGUUAAAAUAAAUCAUUAUUUUAUUUUCAUUGCAUUUUUGUGUUAUUAGUUUUUAAAUUAUUUAAUUUAUUUUACAUUUUUUGUUUAAUGUUUUUUUUUCUUUGUAUUAUACAUAUAUUUUUUUUUAAUUACUAUCUAAGUAUUUGUUAAUAAUUUUAGUGUUAUAAGUUAAACACUUGUAAAUAUAAUAUCAAAUAAUUUACACAAAAGUAUUUAGUUUUUAAAUUAAACAUUGAAAUGAAAUAUUUUUAAAAAAUAUAUAAAACAUUAUAUA